AUGAAUUUCUUACGAGUUAGAGGCCCAACAUUACCAAAUCUUCUUUUUGGUACACGAUCAUUACAAACUUCGAGAUUAUGGCUCGAGGAAGCAUCUGUUGCUCCGUCUAAAACUAAUAAACAGCAAGCGAAGAAGAAAAUGCUAAGGGACUUCCUCAGAUCGAGAAAGCAAGCUAGAGAACCAGCAUCCAACCAUCCUUUAUAUAUGAAAGUCCCCGAUGCAUUGCGAUUUUUAAGAGCGGUGGAAGUGGGACAGCCUAGGUCGCAACAGACUAUAACACUAACAACACUAGUGAUAUCGGAAAAAGGUGUCCCUCCUGUCUAUGGUAACGUUCAAUUGCCUACGCCAUUACGCAAUAGUAAAGUUGUUGUACUGAGUGAUGAUCCUAAGAAGCUGGAGGAGGUUCAGGACAACUUCAAAAAUGUUCAUUUAGUUGGUGGGAGGGAAUUAGUUGAUAAGUUUAAAAACGAGGAUAUUGAAAUAGAUUUUGACAAAGUAGUAGCGACUCCUGACAUUCUAAAUUAUACGAAUCAAAACCUGGGUAAAAUGUUUGGACCCAAAGGGCUGCUACCUAAUGUCAAGAAAGGUACUGUUUCGGAAAAUUUGAUUGAACUGAUGAACGAAAAUGUUAGUAGCAUGCCAUUUAGACAGCGUGCAGGAUGCAUUAGUUUAGGUAUUGGAAAGGUAGAAUUUAGUGACAAACAGAUUCUCGAGAAUAUAAUUGCCACUCGAGAAGCAUUUCUGAACACUUUAUCGAAUCAGAAAACGAAGAAGCAAAGUACAUUGGGCAAGACGACGUUAACCAGUACCCAUGGUCCUGGUAUUGUCAUUGACUUUAUUUAG